UCUCAUGGAGCAUGGUUGAAUGAGUGAGGUGAAAUUAGCUUAAGUCUCCAUGAAAUCAAGCCUGAAAUCAGUUGGUGAACAUGGAAGCUAUGUUUUCAGGCACAAUCUCAAAAUAACCCAGUUGGGAAAAUCGGGUCAAAUCGAUGAAGCCAUCAAAGUAUUCCAACACAUGACCCACAAAAACACUGUUACUCACAAUUCAAUGAUCUCUGCCUUUGCCAAGAAUGGGAGAAUCGGUGAUGCCCGGAAACUGUUUGAUGGGAUGCCCCAGAGAAACAUCGUUUCUUGGAACUCCAUGAUUGCUGCCUAUUUGCACAAUGACAGGGUUGAAGAAGCUCGCCAACUGUUUGAUAAAAUGCCCACAAGAGACCUUUAUUCAUGGACCCUGAUGAUCACUUGCUAUACCCGAAAUGGGGAGCUUGCAAAGGCUAGAAACUUGUUUAAUUUGCUGCCUUAUAAGUGGAACCCGGUUUGCUGUAAUGCCAUGGUUGCAGGUUAUGCGAAGAACCGGCAAUUUGAUGAGGCUAGGAGGCUAUUUGAUGCAAUGCCUGCUAAGGAUUUAGUUUCAUGGAACUCAAUGCUCACUGGGUAUACCCGGAAUGGGGAGAUGCGUUUGGGGUUGCAGUUUUUUGAGGAGAUGGCGGAGCGUGAUGUGGUCUCAUGGAAUUUGAUGGUGGAUGGGUUUGUGGAGGUGGGUGAUCUAAAUUCAUCCUGGGAGUUCUUUGAGAAGAUUCCAAACCCGAAUACUGUCUCUUGGGUUACAAUGUUAUGUGGGUUUGCGAGAUUUGGCAAGAUUGCAGAGGCUCGGAGACUCUUUGAUGAAAUGCCAAUCAGAAAUGUGGUUGCUUGGAAUGCGAUGAUUGCAGCUUAUGUUCAGAACUGCCAUGUUGAUGAGGCUAUUAGUCUAUUCAUGGAAAUGCCUGAGAAGAACUCCAUAUCUUGGACUACUGUGAUUAAUGGGUAUGUUCGUAUGGGUAAGCUUGAUGAAGCAAGGCAAUUACUGAAUCAAAUGCCUUACGGAAAUGUUGCAGCUCAAACGGCAAUGAUCUCUGGUUAUGUGCAAAACAAAAGAAUGGAUGAUGCUCGCCAAAUUUUCAAUCAAAUAAGCAUCCGAGAUGUUGUUUGUUGGAACACAAUGAUUGCAGGCUAUUCACAGUGUGGAAGAAUGGAUGAAGCCCUCCAUCUAUUUAAACAGAUGGUGAAGAAGGACAUAGUUUCAUGGAACACCAUGGUUGCUGGUUAUGCUCAAGUAGGACAAAUGGAUGCAGCCAUAAAGAUCUUUGAGGAAAUGAAGGAGAAGAAUAUAGUUUCAUGGAAUUCUUUGAUUUCGGGUCUCACACAAAAUGGUUCAUAUUUGGAUGCACUCAAGAGUUUCAUGUUGAUGGGGCAUGAAGGUCAGAAACCCGAUCAGUCUACUUUUGCUUGUGGAUUAAGUGCCUGUGCCCAUCUUGCAGCCCUGCAAGUUGGACAGCAACUUCACCAACUUGUGAUGAAGAGUGGUUAUGCAACUGAUUUGUUUGUCUCUAAUGCAUUCAUCACCAUGUAUGCCAAGUGUGGAAGUAUCUCCAGUGCUGAACUUCUGUUCAAGGACAUUGAUCACUUUGACGUGGUUUCUUGGAAUUCUUUGAUUGCUGCUUAUGCUUUAAAUGGGAAUGGGAGAGAGGCACUUAAACUCUUCCACAAGAUGGAGGUCGAAGGUGUGGCCCCUGAUGAGGUUACCUUCGUUGGAAUACUGUCCGCUUGCAGUCACGUUGGCCUCAUCGAUCAGGGUCUAAAAUUGUUCAAAUGCAUGGUCCAAGCAUACAAUAUCGAGCCCUUGGCUGAACACUAUGCCUGCAUGGUUGACUUGCUUGGCCGAGCAGGGAGGUUAGAAGAAGCCUUCCAACUAGUGAGGGGAAUGAAGAUCAACGCCAAUGCAGGCAUAUGGGGUGCACUGCUUGGGGCCUGUAGGAUACAUGGGAAUCUAGAGCUAGCCAAGUUUGCAGCAGAAAAGCUACUUGAAUUUGAACCACAUAAGACUUCAAAUUAUGUGUUGUUGUCAAACAUGCAGGCAGAGGCGGGGAGAUGGGAUGAGGUAGCUAGGGUUAGGAGAUUGAUGAAGGAAAAGGGAGCAGAGAAGCAACCAGGAUGGAGCUGGAUUGAGCUUCAAAAUAGGGUGCAUGCCUUCCUCUCAGAGGAUCCAGCACAGCCCAGAGCAGUGGAGUUAUGUCAUAUAUUGAGAAGCCUAACAGCACAUAUGAGAAACACAGGUGACAUGCCUCUAGAAUGUUUAUUAUGAUCUUCUGAGUUUUACAUUAACUAGGAUGUUAGAUGUUGAAUUCUUUUGUAUGCAGACUACCAUAUUGUACAUUAGGACAUACAUGUUCCAUUCAUUCAAUGGCAAUGGCAUUGUGUGUAAUUUUCACACAAGU